AUGGCCGUGGGGAAUCUCACCGCACCUGAAAUCGGGUGUACCGAUCUUAUCAAAGCCUGCCGCGAGGCUGCCGCCGUAGGAGAUCCAGAGAGCGUCGGAGACAACGGAUCUGUCAACGAACCCUGUGUCGCUGCUAGUACGGUGUGCUUCGGGAUAGUCCAGGGGGCUUACACCGAAGUUUCCAAUCGAAACGCAUUCGAUAUAUCUCUGAUCAAACCCAGCGUCUAUCCUCCCGAGUACUCAUUUGCCUUCUUCAACCAACGACGGGUCAAGGAGGAUCUUGGAGCCCCUGUCAAUUUCUCAAUCAGCGAUCCAAAUGUGGUUCAAACCUUUUUCGGUACCACUGACGACCCGAUGCGUCGGGAUAUCAGCUCCCUAGAACACGUCUUAAACAGUGGAUUGAUUGUCGCCAUGUACUAUGUGAUCUGGAUUACAGGUGUAACUGGUUUGGUGUCGAAGAAGUUUCGCUCGGGAUGGAAUACCCCGGAUCUUCUUCGUUCCGGUCCGCCGGCUUUCCACAUCUUCGACCUAGCGAUGGGAGGAAAGGACGUAGCCACCGGUCAGCUUAAUGCCUUAGAAAGUUACAAGUCAGAAGGACCUCCUUCUGUGCGUCACGUCACUGCCAAGGCUCCAGAAUCCCUCGCCCCAGUCUGCUACGUCUUUGACAUCCAGCUAACCUGCACACCCAACCAGAUCCAGGCAUUGGCUGAUGGCUCUGCUGUUGUGCACAACUUUAUUGUCGUCGAGCCCCGUGCCGAAAGUGGAUGA